AUGGAUCUUAGGCUUUUAACAGUAACAGUUUUGAGUGUUUUGAUACAGAUCGGGGAAAAUGUGGAGCGCUGUCCAUUUGAAAGAAGGUGUAGAUGUUUCAACUUCUCUUAUGAUAUCCAUGCUGAUUGCUCGAAUCUGGACCUUAAACGGUCACCCAAAUUCUGGACUAAUGUAACACAAAUAAAUCUCAGUUAUAACAAUCUAACACAGCUCCCAGAGAGGGAAAAAUUACCAGAUAAUUUAACUCUGCUGGAUCUCUCCCACAACUCCAUAAGUGCAUUUAGAAACCUUUCAUUCAAAGGACUGUACAAGCUUACAGUUUUGAAAUUAAAUUCAAACAAGUUUCGGUUAACUAACAAACUAAGUAUGAAUGUUUUUGCAGAUUUGAUAAACAUUAAAACGUUGGACUUAUCUGAAAAUACAGAGUUGACUUUUCGAAUUUUGCCAAUUUUGACAUACGGUCUUCAAUUUUCAACAAUUUCGACCCUUUCAUUGAACAAAAUCCACUGCACAUUUGGACUGGGUACAGAAAUUAAAAAAGAUGAUGUAAAAUAUCUAAAAAAUACCAGCCUUACAGAAGUUCAUUUGUCAAGCAAUAGAAUUGAAUUAUUGGAAAACGGAACUGUUGAUUAUCUUCCCCAAACGAUUAAGAGAAUAUCAGUAGCUGACAACCGAUUUGAAUUUGGUUUAUACGUCUUACAGCUUAGAGCAUUAAAACAUCUGGAAUGGAUAAACGCAAGUGAACAAUAUCUUUCCCACAAUCCCAUUGAUAUUCUCAAAAACAAAAUAUGUCGAGAUGAAAGUAGAAAAGAAUAUUUAAACAACACCCAAGACUACUCACAUGGUCGCAUGCUUAAGACAAUUGAGAUGGCAAAGUUGUUGGUGAGAUAUAAAAAUAAAACUGGAGGAAAUUCAAGAUCUAGUCAACGAAACGAAUUAUUAAAUAGGAAAAAUGAAGCCAUUCGAUUACCACCAAAUUUAAAAACGAUUUUUUACAACAAAAGUACAUUGCGCUAUGAGAUUCCAUGGAUCCCAGUGCUCGAAAACAAGGUGGAGGAGUUAUACAUGCAGGACAACAUUUUAUAUUCGUGGAAAGGUCCUGUACAAGGAAUGAAAAGUCUUCGAAUACUGAAUAUGUCAAACAAUUUCUGCUCUUCAGUUUCCAAAAGUUUCUUUAAGUACCUCGGUAACCUCUCAGAAUUAUACCUAAGCGAUAAUUUGUUGGGUUUUAGUUUAUCACCGGAUACGGAAGGUGAAAUAUUUGCAAGUCUGACAAACUUGAUUCGUUUAGAGCUGAGAGAAAACAGAAUUACACAUCUGCCAAAUCAGAUUUUUAAAGGACUUCGAAGCAUAAAGGAUUUAAUACUGGCUGAUAAUACGCUUAGCACUAUAGAUUUUAGUAUUUCGACAUUAACGAACUUACAAUUUCUUGAUUUAUCUGGAAACCAAAUCCAGUUUCUUUCCGAUACAAAUAUGAAAGAUAUUGACCAACAGAGAGAUAAAUUCGGCUUUACUUUAAAUCUUUUAAGAAACCCGAUUUCAUGUAAUUGUCACACACUAUCAUUUCUAAGGUGGAUGGUAAACGGUCAGGAAAGUAAGAGAAUCAGCUUUCAGUCAUUUGAAAAUUAUUCCUGCGCGACUUCAUCCAAGGGCAAACCAUUAAUGUUUUCAAAAAUUAAAGGCUAUAUCCAAAAACUAGAAAAAGAAUGUAAUUCUUACACGUAUUUGAUCAUCACUUUGUCGCUCAUCAUUCUCCUGUUCUUUGUCAUCCUUUCGUGUGGGCUACUAUACAGAUACAGAUGGAAACUUCGUUAUUUUUACUAUAUGACUAAAAGUCGUUAUCAUGGAUAUAAAGCAGUGAGAAGUGAUAGCCAAUCAGAUUUUAAGUAUGAUGCCUUUGUUUCCUAUGCAGAUGAAGAUUUCCCGUUUGUUCAGAAAAUGAUGUUGGAAUUAGAAGAAAACAAUGGGAUACGUUUAUGUAUUCACCAUCGCGAUUUCGUUCCAGGAUAUGAUAUAUGCGAAAAUAUUUUCACUGCCAUCAACAAAAGUAAAAAGACUAUCGCUAUAUUGUCUCCAAGUUUCAUCAAAUCCAGUUGGUGUAUGUAUGAGCUACACAUUGCAAAGAUAGAGGACAUCUAUUCUCGAGAAAAUGAAGGCGUUCUGCUGUUGGUAUUUUAUGAUGCUGUUCCUGUAGAUAAGAUACCCUUGAGUAUCAUGGACCUUAUUAAUCAAAGGUCGUACAUUGAAUUUCCGAACGAUGAACACGGGGAUUCAGUUUUCUGGAGUAGACUUUGUAACAGUAUCAAUGAUGAAGUCUUAUGCUAA